AGAGGACAGGACAGAGCCAUGAAGAUCAUCCUGGAAAUCCUUCUGCUUCUGAUCACCAUCAUCUACUCCUACUUGGAGUCGUUGGUGAAGUUUUUCAUUCCUCGGAGGAGAAAAUCUGUGGCUGGGGAGAUUGUUUUCAUUACUGGAGCUGGGCACGGAAUAGGCAGGCAGACUGCCUAUGAAUUUGCAAAACGACAGAGCAUACUGGUUCUGUGGGAUAUUAAUAAGCGUGGUGUGGAGGAAACUGCAGCUGAGUGCCGAAAACUAGGCGUCACUGCGCAUGCGUAUGUGGUAGACUGCAGCAACAGAGAAGAAAUCUAUCGCUCUCUAAAUCAGGUGAAGAAAGAAGUGGGUGAUGUGACAAUUGUGGUGAAUAAUGCUGGGACAGUAUAUCCAGCCGAUCUUCGCAGCACCAAGGAUGAAGAGAUUACCAAAACAUUUGAGGUCAACAUCCUAGGACAUUUUUGGAUCACAAAAGCACUUCUUCCAUCGAUGAUAGAGAGAAAUCAUGGCCACAUCGUCACGGUGGCUUCAGUGUGUGGCCACGCAGUGAUUCCUUACCUCAUCCCAUAUUGUUCCAGCAAAUUUGCUGCUGUUGGCUUUCACAGAGGUCUGACAUCAGAACUUCAAGCUUUGGGAAAAACUGGUAUCAAAACCUCAUGUCUCUGCCCAGUUUUUGUGAAUACUGGGUUCACCAAAAAUCCAAGCACAAGAUUAUGGCCUGUAUUGGAGACAGAUGAAGUUGUAAGAAGUCUGAUAGAUGGAAUACUUACCAAUAAGAAAAUGAUUUUUGUCCCAUCAUAUAUCAAUAUCUUUCUGAUACUAGAGAAGUUUCUUCCUGAACGCACCUCAGCGUUUUUAAAUCGUAUGCAGAAUAUUCAAUUUGAAGCAGUGGUUGGCAACAAAAUCAAAAUGAAAUGAAUAAGCUCCAGCCAGAGUUGUAUGCAUGAUAAUGAUAUGAAUAGUUUAGAAUCAAUGCUGCAAAGCUUUAUUUCACAUUUUUUCAGUCCUGUUAAUAUUAAAAACAUUGGUUUGGCAC